AGUGAGUCUACUGGAGAGUCUCAAAGCAGAUGGAGGAAGCCAAACAAUAGCAGCUCCAAACAGCAUUUCAAGACCAAGCCCAAAUAAUACAUAUGAUUUUGACAGAAAUAUCUAAACUAGUACCAAGAGUUAAUUCUUCUAAAACUGAACUAUCAGAGUAGAUUACCAACAUCCACCCAAAGCAGUGGCUGUUUCCCUGACGUCCAGUCAUUAUGCUCCUCUUCCUGGCUUUCCUCUUCUUACUAACCCCUUUCCCGACUUUUCAAGCCUCAGUAGGUGAAAGGAAAAAUUCCACUAAAAUAGCACCUCAUACUAUCACUACGCUGCUGAACACCAAACAAAAAACUCCAACUGUUUCUCCUGCCUCAAAAUCCAGUAAUGUUAGUCAGACCCUGUUCUCUACACCAAUGCCUCCUGAAACUCCUAGCAUUAAGAAAACCAAAGACAAGCCUUCCUCAAGUCCGCCCAUCAAAGUUGUCAUCACUGAAGGCUGCGUUCAGACGGAGCCUCAGAAAGAUAAGGUUGAUGCCAGUAAACCGCAGGAAACAGAGCUGAGCCUGAAGCCAGGAUCUCCUUUGGUGAUGACGCACCACAUCAGCCUAGUGCCAGGCUCUUGUACUGGGGGCUGUGAGGCUGAGAUGACUGCACUAAAGGACAGAGUAGCGAUCUUGGAAAAGGAAAUGUCAGCUUUAAAGAAAAAAUGCACCAACUGCUCUGGAUCACACUGCCCAAAUAACUGCAACAAAAAUGGAAAAUGUGUCAGUGGAAAGUGUGUGUGUCAGGCUGAUUUCACUGGUGUCGACUGCAGCAGAGUUGCUAACAAGGAAAAGGUGUCAUCUGAAGGUACUGCAAAGCAAGAAACAUCAACCCAGGAACAAUCAAAGACAAACACUACAAUAGGCACUAAAAAGGUCAGUGAGGAAAGUCAUCCAAAUCAAGCAAGAGGUUCAGUAACAGUCCAAAGAAUUUACCUGCACAAAGAUUUGCCUCUGAAUCAUAAUGUUACUCAAAGCACUGAGAAACAAUCUAACGGAACGUUAAAAGGUUUAAUCAAAUUGACAAAAGGCACAGAGUCUGUUAAAACAAGUUCAGAAAAAGGGAAGAUGUCUUUGUCUGAUGUAACCUCUACUGAAAAUGACAAAAAUUCAUCCCCAGACAGCAUUAUUCCCAAAGGUGGAGCAUCUGUGGUGAAAAAGGGAGAAAAGCAUAUAAAUGCAACAGAAAAGUUAAAAGGCAAAAAAGAUAUUAAUGAUAGUUCAGCUGGAUCGGCUGAAGGAUCAGCUGAAAAGAAAUCAGGUGGAAAGAAUUUAAACAUUACUACUUCCACUGAAAAGGAGAAGAAACCAGGUCCAGACAGUGUUAAGGAAGGAUCAGAUGUGAAAAAACUGGUGGAAAUACAGAUUCAUGGUACUUCUAUUGAAAAAGACAAAAAGCCAAGCCAGGGCAAUGUCACAAAACCUAAAGAAGGAUCAUCUGAUAAGAAACAAGUAGAACAACAGUCUGUUUCUCCUGCCAUUAAAAAAGAAGGAAGGUUAAGGCAAAGUAACAACCUACCUAAGGAGGGAUCAUUAGAAAAGAGAAAAGUAGUCACUGGUGCUGACAAAAAGUUAGUACCAGAUGAUGGGACAAAAGCUAAACAAAAAGCAACAUCAGGAAGCAAGAAAGGGGAAACACAUGUAAAUGUGACAGAUUCCACCAUCAAGGAGAAGAGGCUAAACCAGGGCAAUGUCACACCUCUUAAAGAAGCAUCGGUCGAAAAGACAAAAGUGGACAAGCGUCAAAAUAUAACUAACUCUACUGAAAAAGACAGGAAGAAUCAAAGCAGUGUCUCACCGCUUAAAGAAAAAAUAUCUGACAUGAGAAAUAUUACAAAUUCCAGUGAGAAAAGGAAGAAGUUAUCAGGGAAUGAGACAAAAGUUCUUAAGGAUACACUAGGAAGGAAAACAGCACAGAGACAUGUAAAUAUAACUUUGUCCUAUGUAAAGGACAAUAAGCAACACCGAGGCAAUGUUACGCAUUCUAAAGAGGAAUUGCCUAGAACGCCAAAGUUGUUAGACAAGACAACAACAUCCACUGAGAAGGACAGAAACAUACUACAAAACAAUGAGACAAAAGUUCUUAAAGAUGUUACAUUUGAAAAGAAAAGAGUGGAAAAAAUUCUAAAUGUGACUACUUUCACUGAAAAGGACACCAAGCACCACAAGAGCAAUAGUACACUUAUUAAAGCAGGAUCAUCACCCAAGGGGAAGGUUGACAAUGUACAUGUAAAAAAAUCCAAUGAGAAAGGCACAAAGUUUCUACAAGGUGAUGAGACAACAAUUCAACAAACGGAAGUGAAAGAUGUAAAUGCAACUACCACCAGUGAAAAAGACGAGAGUUUGCACCACAGUCUCAAAGAAGAUGCAUCCAAAAAAAAACAAGUAAACAUUGAUUUGAAAAACAUCACAAUUUCUAAAAUUCAUGUUAACAGGACAACAAAAUUGAAAGACAUCGGACCAGUUGAGGUUCACAACAUAACUGCUACUGGGUUUGUUAUCACAUGGAAACCUCAAGGAUCAUUCAAGAAUUUCACAAUAACAAGGAGGGAGGUUUGGUCAGGAAGAAGCUAUGAGGAGGAUGCAGAGGAAGCUGAGAAAAACCAAGGUGGUGAGAUAAAAGCAGAUGAGGUAUAUAGUUCAAACGGAACUUCAACUAAAGUCUAUAGUGGAAAAGCUGACGCAGGGAGUGAUGUGAAGGUCUCACAGAUUCUUGCUGGAAGUGCUCGCUCCCAUCAUUUCAAGAAUCUUCGCCCACAGAGGAAGUACUCUGUGUCCUUGUUCGGCACCGGGCCUCAUGAAAGAUCCAAAGUUCACCGUCUGAUUGUCUCCACAGGACCUGAACCUCCAACAGAACUGCUGUUCAGCAACAUUACGGAAACAUCUCUUACCGUGUUUUGGACCAAACCCAAAAGCAUAGUAACAGGAUUUAAAGUUACAUACACCAACUCAGCAAGCGGGGUGACGGGAUCCAUCUCUGUUGACUCACAGUUGUCCCAUGUUUUCAUUUCAAAACUCUCUGUUGGUUCCCGGUAUGAAAUAAAUGUCAGGGCAGUUAUGGGAGCUAUAGAGAGUGAAGCAACCACAGCCUCGAUUGUUACAGUACCCGACUCCCCCACCGACCUCCAGGCUGUGGAUGUCACAGACAGUAAAGCACUGUUGACAUGGAAACAUGCUCAAGCUAAAGUCGACUAUUAUAUUCUCAGUUAUGGAUCUACAAGAUCGCCUAACGUGACAGUGACAGUGAUGUUGUCUGGCACUUCUGUGGCGCACCAGCUCAGAGGUCUACACAGAUCUACCCUGUAUUCAGUAAAGAUCAUCAGUCAAAUCAACAGUCUCCAGAGUAGCUCUGUUUCCACAACCUUCACAACAAAAAGUGGAAUAAAGCUUCAAGUAGUGACACCAGGUGAAGUCACCUGGAAUUCAGCUUUGAUUUCAUGGAAGACCCCUCAUCUAUCUUUCAAAAGCUAUAGGCUAACAUACCAAGGUGGAGAAGAGAAGAAGGAAAAGGAAGUGAUCCUAAAUCCAACUGUCUCACAGUACAAGUUAACUGAUCUGGUCGCAUCUUCUUACUAUACUGUAAAAGUGGAUGGAGAAAGUGAGGGGCAAUACAUUAGUGUUGUUUCCACCUCAUUUACAACAGCACACUUGCCUUACCCACACCCAGCUGAAUGCUCCCAAGUGCAGCUGAAUGGCAUGAAGGAGUCAGGAGUGGCUGAGAUUUACCCUGAGGGUAAAGAUGGAAAGUUGGUGUCGGUCUACUGUGAUAUGGAGACUGAUGGAGGAGGCUGGACAGUAUUCCAGAGAAGAGUUGAUGGAUCUACUGAUUUCUACAGAGAAUGGAAAGAUUAUAGCAAAGGCUUUGGAGAAAUAAGUGCCAAUUUUUGGCUUGGGAAUGACAUCCUUCAUGCUCUGACUAGCAUGGAACCAAUGAGUCUACGUGUAGAUCUGCGUUUAGGAAACGACACGGCCUAUGCUCACUACUCCAACUUCUCUGUGGGGUCGGAGGGGAAUCACUAUGCUAUUGAUCUAUCUGGAUACUCAGGCACAGCUGGGGACUCUAUGAGAUACCACAAUGGUUGUCCUUUCUCAACUAAGGACAAGGGAUCCAGCACGAAUAGUACCACUUGUGCAAAUAACUACAUGGGAGGCUGGUGGUACAAGAACUGCUACAAAGCCAAUCUCAACGGUCAUUACGCAACCUUCUCGAAGGACCAGGGAGUGGUGUGGAUUGACUGGAAGGGCAAGGAUAUCUCUCUCUCAUUUACUGAGAUGAAGCUGCGUCCUGCCUCGCUGAGCCACAUGACUCAGACCACCCAAGGCUAAAACAUCAAGUGAAGAACAGCCCACGCAUGCAGAUACACUGUACAACCUUUAAAACUUUACAUUCUACACCAACACUGUACAUAACUUUAUGUAAAAUGUAUAUCUACUUAUUUGCAGUUAUUAUUCCCCAUACUAUGAUAAAGUUCUAGUAUUCUAUAAAUAUAUUAAAAGUAUACAUCCUAUGUGUCACAUUAUCUACUUUUAUAUGACUGUAUAGUAAGGACUAUGUGCUAUUAAAUCAUUCAGAGGGUUCUUUACACUGUUUUUGACUCACACCGCUACUGAAAUGAAUGCACUGUUACAUUUCUGUUGGAUGUAAAGGUUACAGACUAA